UUAAAGAAAGUAAUUAUUUUCUGUAUUACUUGAACUUGUAAUUCAAAAAUGCAAGAACAUCGAGAUUAAAGCUGGGGUCUGAUAUCUAGUGAUACAAUUUGACGAAAAAUUAUUUUAUAGAUUAAAUUAUUAUAUUUAUUCACCUACGAUUUUAAUAUGUCAAUCCAGCGUUACAGUUAUAAAAUAUCAAAAAUAUUUCACGCGAAAUAUCAGAUUGCAACACUAAACAGUUAACAGCCUGUAUGUUAUUGAUGUUAAUCGCAAUAGUCGAUGAUUUUUAAAAUUAGCAGUAGACUGUUUAUAAGCGAUAUGUUAUCACUUGUAACUAUAUUGUUAUUAUAUCUCAAAGCAAAAUUAAUCAUAUAGAAACAAAAACGAAUAUCCUAAAAAAAAGUUAUGCCAUAUGAAUGCGAGGAAACAUUUUUAACUUUCGAUUAAAGACAUUUAUUAAACGAACUCAGCUUCGAAAACAGAUUUAACUGAUCGCAUUACAAACUUCAAAUCAAUACUUUUCAAGUUGAAUCAAAACUACAAUGUGGUAUCUCAGAUAGCGAAUUCUCUUCGAAUGUUUAGAUUCAAAUACUUAUGCCGUUUACACGAUUCUGUAUCUCUGAUGUUAAAGAUAAGAGGAUCCCGACACGCGGUUCGCGCGUUCAAUCGAUCAGUCGUUCUGUCGAAAGCAUCAGGAUCGGCGAUCAUGUCGAGCGAGCUGGACAUCAGGAAUUACUUUGAGUUUGCCAAAGAGUUAAUCUUGAAAGCAGGCGAAGUAUUUAAAUGCGGUUUUGAAGGAGAGAAAAUUGUAGAAAGUAAAGCUCAUGAAUGGGACCUUGUUACAGAUUAUGAUAAAAAAAUUGAAGAUAUAUUGAUCAAAAGUCUGAAAGAAAAAUUUCCAGAUCACGAAUUCAUUGGAGAAGAGACUACGGCUAGCGUUAAAAAUGCGCCAGUGUUAACAGACAAACCUACGUGGCUCAUAGAUCCCAUAGAUGGAACUAUAAAUUAUAUAAAUGCAAAUCCGAACACCUGUAUUUCCGUCGCCCUAGCAGUUUGCAAGAAAAUCGUAGUAGGAAUUAUUUAUAAUCCAAUCACUUCAGAACUGUAUACAGCGAUUAAAGGACACGGCGCAUUUCUAAACGACAAACCUAUUAAAACUUCACGCAAUACUGAACUAAGAAAGUCUUUGAUAGAGCUCGAGUUAUUCUCGCUUCGCAUUCCUUCAAAAAACCGAGAUAUCAGAUGGGGAAGAUUCGAAGCUCUUCUUAAUGCUUCACAAGGAAUUAGAUUUUUGGGAUCAGCUGCGAUGGCUCUAGCAUACGUAGCAAAAGGCGCGAUAGACUGCUUUCAAAUGGAUCAUCUUCAACCUUGGGACGUAGCAGCGGGAGUGCUGAUUAUUUGUGAAGCAGGUGGCACGGUAAUUGACACUAAAGACGAGGAAUAUAAUGUGAUGAAACCAAAAACAAUUGCUGCAGCAAAUGAAACACUAGCAAUGGAAAUAAAGCAACUGAUCACUGAUACUGAUCUGAAAAUAAUGAGGAAGAGAUUGACCAGGACAUGAUCAAAUUCUAAAUGAAGAAUCAGCUCGAUUAUUAUAUAUUCUAAUUAUUAUGUACUGAAUAAAAGUAUUAUUAUAUUCUUAAUAA